CCAACCAAUACCCGCUAAGGAUUCUGUUUUGUGGGCGUUAUUUCCUGUACUCUUUUGCAUCUCAUUUUUUUUUCUAAAUUGCUUGUGUAUAUGUUAGAAGAAAGACCUGAGGCGAGGCAGUAACGGAUUUAACGGACUUCGCGUCUUCUAAUCCGGACGGACACGUAAUGAAAUGAUGUGCGGUUCCCGCAGCUCGAAUUUCACCGCUGGAUUCUAGAGUUUAGGUCACUGCUGUGGAUGAACCGGAGCCGGCGGCGGUCAGCUGGACAUGGCCAGCUCACACCUGGCUGAUCUGUCCCAGGCCUGGGACAACUACAUGGACUGCCGCGCGCAGGGCGCAGAUCUGCAGGUCAGUCUUCAGUGCUUGGAGAGUUUUCUGUGCACGUUUCACUGUGUGCGACAACUCAGUGACCCGAGAGCAAAGGAUGCGCUCAAAUUCUGCUCGGACAUGAGUGGGGCCAGUAACACCCUGGCACGGGAGUUCCUGACCGAUGUGCACCAGUUGUGUAGUGCGGUGGCCCAGCGGGCCGAGGACGAGGAGGAGAGUCACAUGGUGGCGCUGGGAGAGUAUCUGGUGCGCGGACGCGGGUUCCUGCUCCUCAGCACCCUGGACUUUGUCAUUGACCAGGGAAUGACCUGUCGGGAAGAGCUGCUUACACUCUUGUUGUCUCUGCUACCUCUGGUCUGGAAGAUUCCUGUUCAGGAGGAUAAAGCCCCAGAUUUCACCCUGCCUUCAUUACUAGAGGUGUUUCUAUGCCAAGAGGGAAGGACCAUCCCUCAAAAGGCGGGGCAAAAUAGAUGUGAUGUGCAGAACUCUGGGAAGCGUUUAUCUGGCUCCUCGAAGUCACGUCGUUCACGAAGAACAGCUCAGCGAUACUCUGUGAGGGAUGCACGCAAAUCUCAGCUUUCCACAUCAGAUUCUGAAGCCAACUCGGAUGAUAAGACCACAAAUACUGGGAGCAAACAUCGCAGAUUCCACAGUUCGGCCGUUCGUGUUAGUUGCCAGCUUCACCAGUCCAACAAUCCAUCACAGCCAGCAUCGCAACAUCCCACUCUUGAUGCCAUGAGCACCAUUGAGCCAUCCCAACCUCACAGACUGUUUGGAUCUCACACGUUAGAUCCUAACAUGCUAACAGACCCCACCACUCUCUCCAUCUUCAACCGCAUGGAGAACUCGCCUUUUGACCUUUGCCAUGUUCUACUCUCUCUUCUGGAAAAAGUCUGCAAAUUCGACAUGACCAUCAAUCAUAACCCAGGCUUGGCGGUCAGCGUUGUACCCACGCUCACAGAGAUACUCACAGAGUUUGGUGACUGCUGUGGUCCCGGUGGUGGUGGUAGAGGUGGGAUCGAUGAGCUAGCUGGAGGCUGGACUGAGGAGCCAGUUGCACUUGUUCAAAGGAUGCUUUUACGCACAAUUCUGCACUUGAUGUUUGUAGACGUGGGUCAAAAUGAGACACUUCCUGAUAAUCUGCGUCGAAGCUUGACUGACCUCUUCAGAGCAACUUUAAAGAUUCGUACCUGUUUAGAAAGGCAAGCUGACCCUUUUGCACCAAGGCCAAAGAAAACUCUGCAGGAGAUACAAGAAGAUUUUUCCUUUUCAAAGUACCGUCACCGGGCCUUGCUACUGCCAGAACUCUUGGAGGGUGUCCUGCAGUUACUACUAGGCUGUUUACAGGCCUCUGCUCCCAACCCUUUCUUUUUCAGUCAGUCUCUUGAGUUAGUUCAUGAAUUUGUCCAACACCGUGGCUUGGAGCUCUUCGAGGCAACAGCUCUGCGCCUUGAGGCCUUAGCAGAAGCUCGAGAUUCAGAAGUCGGUAGUGAUGCAUCAGAGCAUCUUCGUUGUCUUAUAGCUAAUGUACUUAAGAUAAUCAGUGCUGUCAAGAGGGCCAAGUCAGAGCAGCUACACCAGUCUGUUUGUGCACGUCGUCGACAUCGUCAUUGCGAAUACUCCUAUUUUUUGCACCAUCACCGUGACCUCUCAGGAUUGCCGGUAUCCACUUUCAAGCAGGCAGCCCGACGUAACCCCUUUGAAGAGGACUCCGAGGGUCAUGACGGGGAAGUGCGUUACCCCGAACGCUGUUGUUGCCUUGCAGCUUGUGUCCACCAGUGCUUGCAUCUUUUCCAGCGCCUGUCACCCUCAGGUCCUGCUGUGCUGCAGGUACUAGCAGGAGUACAAGCUGUUGGCAUCUGUUGCUGCAUGGAUCCAAGGUCCAUAAUUGGACCAAUGCUCCAGGCAUUUCAGGCUCCAGGACUUCGGAGCUAUCAGUCCCAUGUGUUGAGCGUCCUUAGUAGACUAGUCUUAGAACAGCUUGGAGGUGGUCAACCUUCUGAAAAGGCCAAGCUUUCCUCCUGCAACAUUUGCACUUUGGAUAGUAGCCAGUUACCUGGCCUUGAAGAGACUUUGCAGGGCUAUGGACCUAAGAAAGAAUUGAACUUAUCCACGUCCCAAUCUCCCUCUUAUCGUUCCCAAGGUAUUCUGCCCAGUAGAGGGGCUGAAGACAUGCUAUGGAAGUGGGAUGCUUUAGAGGCCUAUCAAGAAAUUGUGUUUGGGGAAGACUGGCAUUUGAGUCAACAAAUUGCCAGUCAUGUAUGCCAGUUGACUUUACGAGGUAAUGCAGUAGUGCAAUGGCAACUCUACACUCAUAUUUUUAACCCAGUACUUCAGCGGGGUGUGGAACUAACCCAUCAUGCCCAGCAACUUGGUGUGUCAACUACUUGUAGCCAAGUCUGCAGUUACCAUACCAAUUGCCUCCCGGUUGAGGUACUACUGGUUUAUCUUCAAACCCUGCCUGCUCUGCUAAAGUCAAGCCGGGUGGUACGUGACCUGUUCCUGAGUUGUAACGGACUGAACCAGAUCACAGAGUUGAUCUACUUGGAUUGCACUCGUCUAUGGGCACUGAAAGUGUUCGAAACACUCAUUUUGAAUGCGUGGCACCAUCACGUGGAUUCUGCUGUGCAUGAGCCAGAAAGAGCCGAAGCGCAGGAGAGGGAAGCUGUUCUUGGGCUUGUUGAGGAACUGAGUUCACGUGGGGCUGGUGAAGGACCUCAGAGCCUCACUAAGUUUUAUGAAGGCUUGAAAGAGGCAUGCCCUCAUCCAAAGGGCAAAAGUGCAUUUUCUGCAGUAGGGCGUAACCGAGGUGAGGCGCAUUUAAACACAAUCAACUUUUUUCUGUGUGUUGCCUUCCUAUGUGUAAGCAAGGAGGCAGACUCUGACAGAGACUCUGCUAAUGACUCUGAAGACACCUCAGGCUAUGAUAGUACGGCUAGUGAGCCGUUGGGUGGCCGACUGCCCUGCCUUUCCCCAGACAGUGUGGCUCUUCCCUCUAAAGAACAGAUAAGGAGGGCUGCCGAUGUUUGGUCAGUAUGCCGUUGGGUGUACAUGUCCAGUCCAGUAUUCCAGAGGCAGUUCUUUAGACUGGGAGGACUAGACGUCUGUUCACGUCUAAUGACAAUGGUCAUCCAGAAACUCACGUCUAAAAUCAAAGACAGUAAAUUUAAGAAAAAGAGAGAGAGUAAGGGCAAAAGCAGUCCAUCUCAUGUAGGCUCUCCCACUCAAGCUCUUACAGGACAGUUUGACAAUAUAGCGUCGGCUGCAGGUACAGAGGAAACCCACCUGCAUGACACACACAGCCCCUCUCAGGCCGAGAGCAACUCAGUUGACCCAACGCAAAGGCUUGAAGAGGAAUGGCCUCUCCAGAGCAUCCGACUGCUGGAGGCGCUUUUGGCAAUCUGCCUCCACAGUGCCAGUUCAGCCCUACAGAGAUUUGAACCAGACCUUUCCUUUCAGCUUCAGUCCAUAGAGGAGACGCUGUGUGAGGUCAGGGAUCAGCUCUCUCGAUCUGGAGUUGUGAAUUCUGAACUAGCAGUUCCUCUGUUUGAUUCCUUACUACAUGUGGCAUUGGCUGAGAUGUUCGUCAGUCCAGAUGACAUCCAGGAGAAACCUGACAAGAAGUCUCAAGUCAGCGGAGAGGUGGCUCCUCCAGCAGGUGAUCUGUCAGAGGAGGUGGAUGAAGCUCAGGUGAGUGGCGCUUCACCGCUGGGAGAAGAGGAAGGCUAUGACGCAGACAGUGAAAGUAACCCUGAGGACUCCACCCGUCAGGAGGAAGGGAUAAAGGUGGAGGCUGGAGUCUCGUUGGGGGAAUGUACGUUAGGAAUGGCAGGAGUGCCUCAGGGCUCGGGCAGCGGCCGUCUGCUGUUCCCGGAGAUCUGCUUGAUGGAGCUGCAGCUGUUAGCCAGCGGCUCUCCGGACCUGGAGGUUUUGUGCCAUGUGUUGCAGAGUCUGUUAGACGCCGUGAAAGGCCACCACAACAAUGCAAAGCUGCUCUACCAGCAGGGGGGUGUGAAAGCCAUUCUCACCGGAUUUCAGAAUAUUCUCAGCCAAUCAGAUGCCUCCUACAAAGAGUGCCAGACAAUACUGAUGGAGCUGCUCGUUGCCAUGGUGAGGGACAGGAUCACAGCGGAGGAACUUGCCCUAUUGACACGCCUCUUCCUUGAGAAGACUCCGCCCACUGAGAUCUUGCUGAGAGGCUUGCUUCAGAUUGUGGAGGCUAAUGCAGACAUAGAGCCGCUCUGCUUCAUGUCCUUUCCCAUGUUCCCCGGCGCAGGGGUCCCUGGCUUGAGCUCCUCUCCUGGGAUGAGGCCUCAUGGGACGGCUGGUGGUAAGGGUGGAGUAAACACUCUUUUAAGGGGUAAAUUACCCCUGGGCCGUGGUGAAGCAGACCUGAGCAGGACCGGUCAUCUGUGCACCUCUCCCUGGCAUACGGCACCCUUCCACCUGCCCCUAGUGGGACAGAACUGCUGGCCUCACAUGGCCAGUGGCUUCAGCGCCUCGCUGUGGGUACGAGCGGGGAAGGAUGAGGACGGGCCUUACAAGAACGAAGAGGAGGCGUCUCUGGCAGAGGAGGCCCUGCAUGGUCCCGCACAUGUCACGGAGCAGCAGACAGACAGAUGUCUUCAUGUCCUCUCCAUGGGCUCUAAGGCGCUGAUGCUUCAGGUGUGGGUGAACAUCUCCACCGGAGCCUUUACCUUCAGGAUCUGCAUCGAUCCAAACGAUGAGGUGAAGGCGGGUCUGCUGGCCCAGGCGGAGUCUGGAGACGGUGUGCUGACGUCAGGCAGGUGGCAGCACUUGGCUCUCACGUACACACAGCAGCCCGAGGGCAAGAAGAACAUCCACGGUCAGCUGACCCUCUGGGUGGGCGGCAUUCGGUGAUGUGACGUCUCGCUAGACUUCACUCUGCCCAGGAAGUCCAGUUUGUCAUCGGACAGUAAUAAGACCUACUGUAUGCUUGGACACUAUCAGCACUCCUCAGAGGAGCAGGCCAGCCCAAGUGCACGCUGGGAUAUAGGCACACUGCUGCUCUUUAAUGGCUCCAGAAUUGACACUGCGGAGGCUUUUUACCUGUAUGCCAGCGGUCCUGACCUCACCUCCAUCAUGCCCUGCAAGUACGGCAAGCCUCAUGGGACACUGUCCAAGUACGUGACACAGGAGGGUCUUCAGUGUGAGCAGAUACGAGAGCUCCUCAUGAGGAAUACAGACGUCGACAUCGCACCUCUUAUUGAGAGUUUAGCAGUAGUGUAUGCCCCCAGCACGCCGUCUCUCUACACCAUUUAUGAGCCGGUGAUCCGUUUGAAGGGCCAGGCCAAGUCAGCGAUGGCUUCCCAGCGGCCCUUCAGUGCCAAAGAGGUCCAGAGCUCCAUCCUGGAGCCUCCUUUCCUCAGGACAAAAAAAAAACGCAUGAUGCCCUGCCAGGCUCUCGGCCUACACAGCGUCCUGCACAAGAUCGGAGGCACCGGCGCGUUUGUCUUCCUGUUCGCUCGGGUGGUGGAGUUGAGCGACUGUGAGGAAACUCAAGCUCUGGCGCUGCAGCUGCUGCUGUCUCUGGUUAAGAACAACCAGCAUCGCACUCAUGAGAUGGAGUGAUAGCAGCGCCUGCACAGAAUGAUCAUGUGUUACCACGGCUAUUCCAUGAUUCACCAGGUUCUCAUCAAGCCCAAGUGCAUCGUGGGAUACCACGUUCUGAAGACGCUGUUGGACGGCUGCUGCAGCGGCUCAAUCCUGACGAUCGGAGAAGACGGUCAGUUCCAUCUGGAUGCCGAAUCCACUGUGGUGCUGCAAGAUCUCAGACUGCUUUCUGAAAUACUGCUGGACUGGAAGAUAUGGGCCAAAGCACAGUGUGGCGUGUGGGAGACGCUGCUGACCGCUUUAGAGAUCCUCAUCCGCGUGCAUCAUCCUCAGCAGAUGUUCAACAUACGCCAGCUUCUCAAGGCGCAGGUGGUUCAUCGCUUCCUGCUCGCCUGCCAGGUGCUUCAGGAGCAUCGGGACGAGUACCUGACCUCAAUCCCGCAGGAGGUCUGCCUCUCGUUUGUCAAAAUCAUCCAGGAGGUUUUGGGGUCUCCUCCAGACCUGGACCUGCUGCGGCUGCUCUAUAAUUUCCUGCUGGCCGUUCACCCCCCCACCAACACUUACGUGUGCCACACACCCACCAGCUUCUACUUCUCUCUGCACAUCGACGGUAAGCUGUACCAGGAGAAGGUCCAGUCCAUGAUGUACCUGCGGCACUCCAGCAGCUCUGUGCUCUCACUGUCUCCCUCCGUCUUCACAGAGACGCCCGCUGAAGUACGCCACGCUUCGUCCCCCGAGCAUGGAGAUGAAGAUCUGUCACUGCGUCCCCCAAGCAUGGGCCCGUCUCUGCACUCUUCUCCCGCCCUGACGCCCCGUCUGACCCAUGGAAGCGUGACAGGGACCGCCGAGCCUGAAGAAGGGACGUCCUGGAGUACCCAGCAGGACCUGGGCAGCACGGAGACCCUGAAGCGAGGAGGAGAUGAGCUCCUCAGCAGCUGUGAGUCGGCGAAGACCAUUUGUGAUUCCCAGAAUGUGGGCGGCGAUGACGAGGGCAGCGUCGCGGGAACCCGAACGCCCUCUAUCAGCGUAGAGGAGGAGCACGACGGCCCAGCGGGCAGCCCGCCGGACUCGGAGGACCAUUUCGAUUGGACCAGCGAGGAAGCGCCACGCCGACCGGACAGCCUGAAGGGAAUCCAGUCCUUCCAGAGGAGCCACAGUAACCUGGCCAGUCUGGGUUUGGCUUUUCCCGCACAGAACGGCUCUCUGACUAUCGCUCGCUGGCCCACCGUGGCUGACCGUGCCGCUCCACCGGACGACUGGGAGAGUUACACCUACUCUCCGGGGUAUGACAGACACAGCAAGACGGACUCCAGUAAGGACAGGUCCAGUGCUGAAGACUGUCUGGUUCUGAUCUGCUGCGGUCUGUACGAUCUGCUGAGAGGAGUUCUGCUCCUGCUGCCGGACCUCCUGCUGGAGGAGGUGAUGGACAAACUCAUCCAGCCGGAGGCUCUUCUUGUCCUGGUCAACCACUCUUCUCCUCUCAUACAGCAGGGCGUCAUGAAGCUUGUGGAUGCCUAUUUAAGCCUACUUGAUCAGAGAUAGGAGAGGGAGGAGUUAGUGGUUAAUGAUGGGUUUUGGGUUUUGGCUGAUGGGCUGUACCUGCACCAGGGCUCACAGGGUCUGCUGGAGUGUUUCCUGGAGAUGCUGUUGGGACGACCGGUCGGGAUCGAGGAAGAUCUGGAUCUGGAGGAUAUGGAGAACAUCUCCCCGUUCAGGAAGCGCUGUAUCAUCCCUGUGCUGGGUCUGCUGGAGAACUCUCUGUAUGAGAACUCGCUCGUGCACAACAGUCUGUGUCUGCUGCUGCAGCUGCUCAACGCCUGCCCGAAGCUGGCUGACAUCCUGCUGGACCACGGCCUGCUCUACGUGCUCUUCAACACACUGUCCACCCUCAAUGGCCUGGAGAACGGGAUUCCUCCGAAUGACUACAAGCUGGUGGUGUGUGACAUUCAGCAGCUGCUGGUGGCCGUCACCAUCCACUCCUGCAGCUCCUCGGGAUCUCAGUACUUCCGCAUCAUUGAAGACCUGAUCACCCUGUUGGGCUACAUGCAGACCAGCAAAGUCCGGCGCACACAGGAAAUGGCCACAGCACUGCAGUUCCGCGUGGUCCAGGCAGCCAUCGAUUUCAUUAAGACCACGGCCAAUCAGGACCCUCAGAAAUCCAGCAGCUAUGUCCACGUGCCCACUUCACCGCAUAACGCUCUACAGCCGAAACGCAGAAGCAUCGCAGGUUCAAUGGGGCUGAAAGACUCCAUAAUUCCCCGUAUUCCCCGGCAGCGCUUCAGCUCGUACGGCCUGAUUCCUCUGCCCUCCCCGUUCAGCUUCCUGUCCCAGGAUUCCCCCCUCCCCUCCCCUACCGGAGCAAACUCCUACAUGUUCCCCUCAGACGCAGGUCGGAGGCGGUUCACGGUGGCCCAGUCAGACUCGCUGAUGACGAGAAUGCGCUCGGUGGCCAGCGAUGAGCUUAACCAGAUGAUGCAGCGCAGGAUGAGUCAAGAAAACCCCAUCAGAGCCAGCGAGACGGAGCUGGUCCAGAGACUGCAGAGGCUCGUGGUUCUGGCCGUUAACAGACUCAUCUAUCAAGACAUCAAACAUGAUUUCUUUGACUUCCUGAACUUUCCCGAGUCUCCCGAUCACUCGAUGUCUGUGCCGUUACCCUGCGAGCACUCGACUGAUGAGAACGACUCCACACCGUCCACCCCGAUCCCACCGGGAAACAUCAAGAGCUUCCGGAAAGAUAUUCUCAAACUAAUGAUGGAGGGCAUAAAGAUCGGCUUGGUAAUUAACUUACAGCAGACAUCACCAUGGCAUCAAAUUACCCUUUUAGGGGAAUUUUUUGUGUGGAAGCGAAUCCUCUGGUCCUGCCGUGACACGUUCAGGGUCCAGAUCGGCCGCAUGCUGGUGCACACGCUCAGCCCCGCCGUUCCCCUGGAGGACAGGAAGGAGGCGCUAGAGUUCGUCCACGAGCAGAGCUACUCAGAGAUCCUCAGAGAAAGCCUGAGUCCCGGCCUCGAGCACGGGCCCAAGCUGGCUCUGUAUCUGUACGAGCUGUUACAUGAUCACAGAGACGCCUUGAGCAAAGAAGAGCAGGCGGCUGCCAACACCUUCAUGACGGCGCUGAAACUCUGCGGCCACCGCUGCAUCCCACCCAGCGCUCCCGCCAAACCAGACCUCCUCAAAGCCAUCAAAGAGGAGCAACUGAAAUACGAGUCAGAGGCAAGAACCAGCAAAGGAGCCUGGGAAAAGAAGCUGGCUAACACUGAGAAGAGCCUGUUGCAGAGGCUAGAUGGGAAGUCGAAGGACAUCUCGAAGAUCGCGGCUGACGUCACUCAGAACGUGUCUCUCAGGCAGGGCAUGGAGCGCAAGAAGGUCAUGCAGCACAUCAGAGGCCUUUAUAAAACUGACCUGAGCGCCAGCCGUCACUGGCAGGAGCUCGUGCAGCAGCUCACUCACGACCGGGCGGUGUGGUACGAUCAGUCAUCUUACCCCACUUCCUGGCAGCUGGAUCCCACCGAGGGGCCCAACCGAGAGCGGAGACGCCUGCAGCGCUGCUACCUGACCAUCCCUAACAAAUAUCUGCUCAAAGACCGACACAAACUAGACGAUGCCAUCAAGGCUCCUCUGGCAUUCCUGUUUGAGGACAAAACUCACUCCUCUUCAUCCAUAGUGAAGGACAAAGCCACCAGUGAGCCCAUCAGGUUUACAAGAAAGUGUGUAAGUGUGGCGCCCUCUAGAGAGACGGCAGGAGAGCUGUUGCUGGGAAAAUCUGGGAUGUACUUUGUGGAGGAUAAUGUUGCAGAGACAUUUGAUAACCAAAGUCCUCAUGGAGAGACGGAGCCGGCCUCCUUCUCCUGGACGUAUGAGGAGAUAAAGGAGGUACACAAGCGCUGGUGGCAGCUCCGAGACAAUGCUAUGGAGAUCUUCCUCACCAACGGCAGGACGCUGCUGCUCGCGUUUGAUACCACCAAGUUCCGCGAUGACGUCUACCACAACAUCCUGAGCUCAGAGCUGCCCAACCUGCUGGAGUACGGUAACAUCUCUGCCCUCACACACCUGUGGAGCUCAGGACAGAUAACCAACUUCGAGUACCUCACCCACCUCAACAAGCACGCGGGCCGCUCCUUCAACGACCUCAUGCAGUAUCCCGUCUUCCCCUUCAUCCUGCGAGACUACACCAGUGAGACGCUGGACCUGCAGGACACCUCCAUUUACAGGAUCCUCAGCAAACCCAUUGCAGUGCAGUCUAAAGAGAAGGAAGACCGUUAUGUGGACAAUUACAGGUACCUGGAGGAGGAGUAUAAGAAAGGCAAGGUAGAGGAUGACCCCAUGCCCCCCGUCCAGCCCUAUCACUACGGCUCUCACUACUCCAACAGCGGCACCGUCCUGCACUUCCUCGUCCGGCUGCCUCCCUUCACCAAGAUGUUUCUGGCCUAUCAAGACCAGAGCUUUGAUAUUCCUGACCGAACGUUCCACUCCAUGAACACCACGUGGCGUCUGUCGUCCUACGAGUCCAUGACGGAUGUCAAAGAGCUCAUCCCAGAGUUCUUCUACCUGCCAGAGUUUCUGGUCAACAGAGAAGGUUUUGACUUUGGCGUGCGGCAGAACAGCGAGCGGGUGAACCACGUGAAUCUGCCGCCGUGGGCCAGGAAUGACCCGCGACUCUUCAUCCUCAUCCACAGACAGGCUCUGGAGUCAGAUCAAGUCUCGCAGACGCUCUGCCAGUGGAUUGACCUGGUGUUUGGACUCAAGCAAAAGGGCAAAGCUGCGGUCCACGCCAUCAAUGUCUUUCAUCCUGCAACGUACUUUGGCAUGGACGUAUCUGCCGUUGAAGACCCUGUGCAGCGUCGGGCUCUAGAAACUAUGAUCAAGACGUACGGCCAAACACCCAGACAGCUGUUCAACGCCUCGCACAUCAGCCGAGCCGGAACCAAACUCCUGUCAGAGGCAGAGCUGCCCGCAGCCAUGGGCCUCCUGGUGCAGCUGGCCUUCAGAGAGAGCCGCGAGCAGCCCAAAGACACCGUCUACCCGAGUCCUCUGCCGUGGAUAAAGGGCUUGAAAUGGGGCGAAUAUGUGGGAUCCCCCAGUGCUCCGGACCCCGUGGUCUGUUUCAGUCAACCUCACGGAGAACACUUCGGCUCCCUGCUGGCGCUGCCCACGCGUGCCAUCUGCGGCCUCUCGCGCAAGUUCUGCCUCAUGAUGAUCUACAGCAAAGAGCAAGGUGAAGGAGAACACACACGCACAAAACCUGGAAGUGAUGUUGAGUGGUCAGCUAUUCUGAGCUGGGGUUACACCGACAACAUGCUGCGUCUGAAGAGCAAACAGAGCGAGCCGCCCAUCAACUUCAUCCAGUGCUCACCACUGCACCAGGUGACUAGUUGUGCCUGGGUGCCGGACAGUUGUCAGCUGUUUACAGGCAGUAAGUGUGGAGUCAUAACCGCCUACAGCAACCGCUUCACCACCACGAUGCCGACAGAGAUGGAGGUGGAGACGCAGGUUCACCUGUACGGUCACACGGCGGAGGUCACGGGUCUGUUCGUCUGUAAACCCUACAGCAUCCUCAUCAGUGUCAGUCGAGACGGGACCUGCAUCCUGUGGGACCUCAACAGGUUGUGUUACGUUCAGAGUCUCACAGGUCACAAGAGUCCGGUGAACGCCGUGUCAGCCAGUGAGACCACCGGAGAUAUCGCCACAGUGUGUGAUUCAGUGGGUGGAGGAAGUGAUCUGAGGCUGUGGACGAUCAACGGAGAUCUGAUUGGUCAUGUUCACUGUCGAGAGAUCAUCUGUUCGGUGGCCUUCUCCAAUCAGCCGGAGGGAAUGUCGGUCAACGUGAUCGCUGGCGGACUGGAGAACGGCGUGGUCAGGUUGUGGAGCACAUGGGACCUGAAGCCAGUCAGAGAGAUCACCUUCCCAAAAUCCAACAGGCCUAUCAGAAGUCUCACGUUCUCAUGUGACGGUCAUCACCUGUACACGACGAACAGCGAGGGCACAGUGAUCGCGUGGUGCCGCCGAGACCAGCAGCGCAUGAAGCUGCCCAUGUUUUACUCGUUCCUCAGCAGCUACGCUGCAGGCUGAUCCUGCGUCCGCCGCCCGUUACCCACACAGGACGGACGCUGAGCUGACCCAGGAAGAGGAGGAGCCAGCAUGCACAAAGCCCCGCCCACAAUCAUCACAGACCCCUCCCUCUGAAACGCCAUCGGAACGCACGGCACUUGAAGCUACUGCACCAUAAAGAGCAGGGGGUCGUGAGGCGGAGCGAGCGUCUGUUAUGACUGAUGAUUCAUGUAGUAUUUGUUUUUGAGUUCGUGAUGUUUGAUUUUGAAAGCUGCUACAAACUGGUCUGCCCAGACUGAACAUUUGAAGGCCUUUCCUUCUUUUUGUCCCUCAUCUCACCCACCCGUCGCCAUCCUGAGAAUAGAAAUCCUGCUUUCGAAGCCAAACCAGACUGAAAUCAUCUGAACACUACCGUCCGUCUGUGUUCCUGCUGAAAGUGAAUUCUUGAUCCACGCGGCAGGCUUUAAACGGGACAUUUUCAGCAUGUGUGACUCGUGCAUGAGUGACAUGCAGCGGCGUAAUGAAUGUGUGCACGCAAUGCCUUCUCGAACUUCAUCCCGCAUUCACAAACCCUGUUCUUCAUUAUAAAAUGCACUCGGGAUGAUCGGGAGAUCUUAUGAAUGUCAGAGGUGGUGGUGUGUCACUCAUGAAUCGUUGGCUGUGCUAAUAUUUAUCCUGUGCUUUUCAGCCUGACUUUCUUAAACAGACACACACGUCCCAGUUACAACAUCACAUUCAUAAUAGUUCAUUAAAAACAUGCUACUUUCUUAUUUUCUGUUCUAGUUUUAUGUGUUGCAUGUUAUGAUCACUUAAGCAGUAUCUAACAUUGGCGAUACAAUAUAAAGUUUAGUCAAUUGUACGAAAACGACACUAUAUCCCUAAAAAAUUACAGUUUGAUGUCAGUACAUUCAGAUUCUGAAUUGUCAGAAGUGUCGAGCUUUAAAAGUGGAGGAAGAAUAAUUGAAGUGCACCAACUAAACAUGAUCCGUAUGCCUUUGUGUUUGUUUUUUCCUGUUCUGUGUUUGCUGUUAGUUUGAGUCUUCCAUUACAUCUAAUUGAAUUAUCUCAUCUAACAUUUUAGUGUUUACCAGAAAGGGAAUGCGUUCACCUUUGUUUUGAGAAAUAUCUACCGUACGAAUCGCUUCAACCCUCAGAUGCAGUUAUUCAGUCAGUGCAGAGCUUCACAGAGCCCUGGUUAUGUGUUUGUGUUUUGUUUUUGAAUCUGUUUUCCAUGCUUGCAUCACAUUUAUCUCCUAAUUAUCAUGCACAGUAUUGUCAUGUUUGUGUUUUCUCAGAAAGAGAUUGAUGUUACUGUCAUUGUGUGAAUUUGUUUGACAUAACUAUCAUGAAAAGGCAUAUUGUUAUCGUUGUUGAAUUAAUGGUUUCUGUGAUUUAAGAUUGAUAUGUUCACCAAGGCCUGGCUGGGACAUUUAUUCCUUUUUUUCUUUUUUUGUAUUUAUGAAAUAUGUAAUAAAAUGUAAAACAUAUAUAUAAUAUAAAUAUAUUCAAAACAUUUUGAUUGA